UCUCUCCCUCACUCCCCAAAUCCACACUAAAGACAGACACACUCCUCCAUUUCCCAAAUGUAAGUUGGAACAAAACAAAAAAGAAGGAAGAAAAAAUGGGUUCGCUCUCACUUUCACUUCAAAUUGUAAUGAUUUCCACUGGAAUAUUAUCACUAGCUUUGGUUUGUAAAGUCUCUGUUCCAUUAGUCAUAAAUUUCUCUGUUCAACAAGCUCCUAGUCUAUGGAGUUCACUUUGUUCUUGGCUUAAACCUCCUUAUCUUUAUGUUAUACUCAAUUGUAUCAUUAUCACCAUCGCUGCCUCUUCAAGGUUCCACCAUAGCCAUGGCGAUAAUAAUAAAGAUCACCAUCAAGAAGUACCACCUGCACCCAAAAUUUCGUUACCAGAGCCCGAUCAUCAUUUUCCCUACGAGAUAAAGGUUUCUACGGCGGAGUAUUAUGGAGGUCUGCCGGUGGAGGAGGAGGUUGUGUAUGAGCAGAGAGAGGUGGAGAAGGUCAGUGCAGAUGUCUUUGAGGAUAAGAGUACUGUUACGGCGAACGGUUCUUUGGAGGUUGUUGAGGAUAAAGAUGAAGACUUUGUAAUCUCCAAGUCCACGUGGGUUCCUUCGAAGAGAAUUGAUCCAUCGGAAAGUCAGCCGGAACUUCUUAUUCCGGCUGAGAAACCUCUGAUUUCUGCUCGUUUUGGUCAUCGGAAACCGGUUAAAGCCAGUCCUGAAGGUGGAAGAGCGUUGAGAGUUGCAAAGCCGAAACGGCAGGAGACGCUGGAAAACACAUGGAAAAUGAUAACGGAGGGACGACCAAUGCCAUUGACGAGACACUUGAAGAAAUCGGAUACUUUCGAUUAUCAUGGCCGUCCAGUAUGUGAAGCGGACUCACGUUUGGCGAAGAAAUCAGAGACGUUGAAGGACAGGACCAAUUACCAGCUGCCGCCUGGGAGCAACGGAAACUCUCCUGCGUCAUCAGGUGGUAAGCUCAGGAAAGAACCCUCUUUGAGUCAGGACGAGUUGAAUCGGCGGGUUGAAGCGUUUAUUAAGAAGUUCAAUGAUGAAAUGAGGAUGCAGAGGCAAGAGUCUUUGAAUCAGUACAAGGAAAUGAUUAACCGUGGAAGCCAUUAAUUUUUUUAUCAUUUCCAAAAUAUAGCUAUUUCCACUGUGGAGAAAACAAAAAAAAAAAAAAAAAAGGUUUUUUUGACAGGUCUGUUUGUUUGAUUUUACAGGAACAGGAAAUUCUUAUUUUAAAUAUAGGAAUUAGAAUUUUGAAGGUGGAAGUGUAUGGAUGAAUGGGGGCUUCCAUAAUAUACAGAUUGGGAUUAAAAGAAAUUAUUGUGUUUUGUUUGAAUAUAAUAGUGUCUGUAAAGGAAGAAAGUUAUUUGUGUUUAUGUUUAAUGAAUGAAUGAAUGAGUAAUAUAAUACGUGAUUUUAGGUA